AUGUCUCAACAACCUUCAAGCUGCCUUUUAUUGUCUCUACCCGACGAAUGUCUAUCACUGGUUUUUUCCAACCUCUCCAUACAAGAACUAUUCUUCCGAGCCAGAUCUACCUGUAGAAAUUUUCAUGAAAUUAUUGUGGGUAUCGCUUCACCAUUUCAACAAAAGGAAAACAAGAAUUGCUUGAUAAGAAAUCAAAAGUUGAAAAUUUUGUGUUUAAAUAAUAAUCCAAUCAGAUUAAAAUCACUGUGGGAGUGUAUUAGAAAGGGUUAUUUUGAAGAAUCAGUAACUAAAUUCAGUAUUACUGCUAGAAGAACUGAAUUGUUGGAAACUUUGCUUGACAAGAAUGAUUUCUUUGUAAAAUACUUUUCAAAUUUGGAAUGUUUAAAAUUUGGAUCAAAGAAUUUGUGCAGUGAACAUAUUUCUGAAUUGUUUAAUCCUGAUAAUUCCAAACAUUUAAGAAAGUUAACAAUAUUGAAGUUGGCAAAUAAUAAUUUGGAUAUCAAAACAGCAAGGAGCAUAGCCAAGUGUGAAAACUUAACUAAUUUGACAUCACUAGAUUUGAGCACUAAUGUUAUGGAAGGUGACUGUAUAGAAUUACUAACGAGUCCAUAUUUAGAAAAGUUAACAAAUCUCAAUUUGAGUGGUAAUUAUAUUACAACAAUAUUAUGGAAAGAAAAAUUCAAAUUCAAAAACUUGGAAAAGAUAUCAAUUGAAAAUCCAUUUGAGUUCGUUUUCAAUAAUCAAUCUGAAACAUAUUUAUUUAGCAAGCUCACAUAUCUAGAUGCUUCUGACUCAAUUGAGGAGGAAAAAAGAUUCUCUGCUAUGAAAAAGUUUGAUUCCAUACCAACAAUCACAUAUUUGAAUUUAAAUUAUGUAGAAUUAACACAAGAAUCCAUACUAUCCCUUAUUGCAGAUAGUAGAUGCCUUUCCAAGUUGGAAAAUUUAGAAUUAAUCGGUUGCUCACUUACUGGAACUGGAUUUGCAAUCUUGACUAGAAGCAGAUAUUUAUCAAAUUUGAAAAAUCUGGUUGCUGAAAGUAAUGACAUUGAUUUUGAAGGUUUUGUACACUUUGGAACAGAUUCGUUUACUUUGAAGAAUCUAAUUACUCUAGAUUUAAUUUCAAAUGACUUUAGCGUGAAAUCUUAUGAAUAUUUAUUAAGAGAACCCUCUUUAACAAAAUUGGAGAAACUUUAUUGUGAUAAUGUUGAUGAGGUUGAGGCAAAAUACAUUGCAGAACACCAAGAAAAUAUUACAGGAAUAACUGAUUUGGUAUUUACUGGCUAUUCUGAAAUGGAAGAUGACAGUAUGAAAUAUUUGGCCAUGUUAAAAUUACUCAAACUCAAGAAAUUGAAAUGCACUGGCACAGGAGGCACCUUUUCAGGAUUGAUUUACUUUUUAGAAAAUUGCACUUGUGAAAAUUUGGAAACAUUAGAAUUUGGUAGGGUAAAAUUUACAAAUAUUGACGAGCAAAUGAAGGCCAUCUCAUCACUACUCUCCAAUAAGCACUUCUCCAAGUUGGAAACCCUAACUUUGGAUGGACUUGCUGAUGAACCUUUGAGAAUGUUAUUGGAUAAUAUGGACGACGAUAAGUUAUUGAGCAAACUUUCAACUUUAUCAAUUUCAGAAAUUAAUGACGAUGCAUUCAGAGUUCUAACAAGUCAUCCAAAUAGUUCCAAAUUGAAAAUGCUUGCUCUUAUGGAAGGAGAGCUUUCAGAUGAGUCAAUUGAACAUUUUGUUAAUAGUCCACACUUUCAUGAGCUUAAUUAUUUGGAUUUGAUUGGAACUGAAAUAUCACGUGAAUCGAGUAAGCGUAUUGCUCACAGUACCAACAUUCCAAAUCUCGAAUAUUUAUUUGGUUCUUUUAUUUUGGCUGAUUUCGAACAGGAAACUAAUUUACCGAAACUUUCUCAUCUCUAUUUAACAGAAAAUGGUUUGGAAACCCCAAAAGAUGAUGAUGAUGAUGGAUUGUAUGAAGCAACAGAAGUGGAAGAUCAACUUUCAAAUUAAAUAAAUUUCUGUUCGAAUCAAAA